UUUUUGUCGGCGCGCUUUUGAAGGUUAUAACUUUUUUUCACGUGGUAUUAUUUUAUUUUCCUAUUAGUUUUUCUCUUUAAUUUAACACUUAAUAGCGAUAAAUAAUUCGUCACUGAUAGGGUUCUAUCAAUUUGACACCUUAUUUAGGAACUCAACGUCAUAAAUUAAUCUUGCUAAUUCUCACGCUAUCUCUAUCACCAAUUAACGUUAAUAUAUUUACUCUUAACUAAUACUGGGUCUGAUCCUACCAUAAAACUUCACACGUUCACUAAGUUAAAUUACAACUAUCGCUGUCCACCUAAUUAAACUUUGUAUUUACAUUACUUCCGAUAAUGACCAGGCCAUCUAAAAAACAUAUAAUCUCUCCUGAUGCCUAUAGCACCUGCAAAAGAUCUAAAUCAGUCACUAAAGCGAAUAAUGUGAAACCUUAUAAACACACUGAUCAGUCUGCAUCCUACUCUGAUCUUCCCUCAGCCACACUUAACGUGCACCGUUUACUUGGACAAGACAUAUUACUACCUUGCAUCUCGCUUGUCGAUAUAAAUAAGAGCAGUCACAUACCGUUAGAGUCGACAUCAUUUGUCAGUCCAAACAAAAACACCACAUGUUGUGAGCAGUAUUUAGACAGUGCUGUUGAUCCCAAACACCCAGCAAUCUCACAAUCGGCCAUCCUGAGUAGCGGCCCACGGAGUACAUGUAAGCCUGCCUACAAUAGCCAGCCCGGUGAUGUAGAUCUUGACUACUCACCCAGACAUAUACCCCAUCCCCCAACUAAGUGUGCACAAAGUGAACAUCCGCUAGACACCUGCAACAGGCCUGUAUGUAACCAUAUCGACCUUAGAAACUUUGAUAUAAACUCCGAUAAUCUCACCACUGGUAGACCUAAAAGCAGCCAAACAGAACUUAGCCUCACCCAAACUAUUCAAGACCUAUUACCUUACAAAUAUUUAAUCAGUGUUCCAGAAAAUCCCGAUCUGGAAAUUAUAAAAAACACUGAAAAAGUAAUUGACCAUAUAUCAUCUGAAGUGUUGAAAAGACUUCAGUGUAUGCAGAAUGUUAUUGUGUAUAAUAUACCUGAUAGUACGAACAUAAAGACUGCUAAAAAUACUCUGCUACAAGAAUGUGGAUUGUCGCAAUCUUGGUGUGUAACAAGAAGAUUACGUAAGGCACACACUAAAGCCUCCUGUCCCAUUCUAUUUCAGUUUGGUAGCACCACUGAAGCUAAUCACCUCCUCAAUAGUCAGUCAUUACUGAGGCGUAUUCCAACAUUUAAAAAGAUUAGGAUCAUUCAUGACAGGACCGCUAUCCAGCGUCGAAUCUGCAAUGGAACACAAACUGAUCAACCCAGCUUACGUAGCCGUGGCAGCUACAGCUCUUGUCACUGCACAAACCCUAAAAUAUCAUACACUGCCCCCCAAAAAACGGAGGCACGUCGGACACUGCUAUUAGUCCUAAGGACAAGACCGCACAUAAAGCAGCUACAACCACUCACCCUCAGCCCAGACACUCAGCUACCCCAAAAUGCCAAACCACUUAUGCCUCAAUAGCGUCGAAGUAUUACCCUAGCGGCCCUUAUAAAAUGCCUAAAAAUGAUCCUCCCAGGGAUCGCGCUAACAGCUACAGACCCGCGGACACCGCUGUGCGAAAAAAUACCAAACUCUCCGUAAAAACCCACCAAUACUCCAGCACCCCAAACCCAAAACAUGCACCUUCUCAUAGUAAUAGAAUGCCCUACAACAAACAUAGAGAACUGGCAACACCCACUCAUCCUAAUGUGAAACGACACUCGACAAGAACCACACCCACACGUGAUACCCAUAAGUCAUAUGGUGUCAACCUUGUAAGCCCCAUGAACCAACACAAAACUAUACACAACAGAAACACCUCUCCUGGCAACAAUAACAG